AUGAGCUACGCCUACCCACGCAAUACAGGCGCUUCUUCCCUUCCUUCCUUUACGUCUGCUCCUUCUUCGAAAUCAACAUCUGAUCGGCCAUGGAAUGAUCUACCGAACGUGGCGAGCCAAUGGAUGGCGGAAGGGACCGCGGCCUUCCAAACAGCCAGAUCCCAAGCCCGACAUGAUAUUCGCGGGUUCGCGUCGCUGAUUUUCAGGCGCAUCUUCACUCUGGUCAAUGCCUUGAUCUUAUUAUGGCUUUUUACUUUAUGGCGGGGGGAGCGCACAGUCUUCCAAGAAAGCAUAGAUGCUUGCGCUUGGGAGAACUGGGAAAAAUGGCCGCAAGGUGCUACGCCGCACCGCGUCGCCUUUAUCGCCGACCCGCAACUUGUUGAUCCCCACACCUACCCUGGCCGUCCGUGGCCUCUCUCAACAUUGACCGUCGAGUACACAGACCAAUACCUUCGUCGGUCAUUUUCCUCCAUCCAGAAUGCGCUCAUUCCCGAUUCCGUAUUAUUCCUUGGCGACCUGUUUGAUGGAGGAAGGGAGUGGGCCACUAGUACAACUACCAGUCCAGAGGAGCGUUAUCAAAAAUAUAAAGAUUCCUUUUGGAAGAAGGAAUACGGGCGCUUUAUGAAGAUAUUCUUGGAUCCGUGGAUGAAUCAGAAUGAACUCCGUAUCGACGGUCGCGGUCGUCGGUUAAUCGCCAGCUUGCCUGGGAACCACGAUCUGGGAUUUGGACAUGGCAUCCAGGAACCCGUGCGGGACCGUUUCCAGGCGUAUUUCGGUCAGAGCAAUCGGGUGGAUGUUAUUGGAAACCAUACCUUCGUCUCGCUGGAUACUGUCUCGUUGAGCGCAAUGGAUCAAGUGGAUCCCCAAACUGGCAGCACCAGCUCCGUCGUCAACGAAGCUUACCCUGAUCCUAUUUGGAAGCAGACAAAUGAUUUUCUCAAUAAGAUGACAUACCAUCGAGGAAAGGCAGAAAUGGGUGAACUUCGGAUGAUGCAAAAUCGGUCCGAGGGUAUUCAAUUUGAUUAUCGCAUCGUGGAACCAGCCGAUUCAGCAAUCUACGGCAUUGACAAAGAUGAACCCGUCAAUCUCCCUACCAUCCUGCUCACUCACGUUCCCCUUUUUCGCAAGCCUGCCACUCCCUGCGGUCCACUUCGCGAGCGUUAUCCACCGUCCUCGGCAAGUGAGGAGUUAGAGGAAGAUGAGCCGAAUUCUCUCAGCAUUUCUGGUGGAUAUCAGUAUCAGAAUGUUCUGACACCAACCAUUUCAACUGAAGUGGUCACCAAGUCAGGACCCAACGUUGUCCAGGUCUACUCGGGUGAUGAUCAUGACUACUGCGAGCUGAUCCACCGAGAGUUCAAUGGUUCGCCUCGGGAAAUCACUGUCAAGAGUCUCUCUUGGGCCAUGGGUGUUCGGCAUCCAGGCUUCUUGAUGACCAGCCUAUGGAAUCCAAUUAAUCCAGAGACUGGUGAAUCAUUACAACAGGGCUCAGCACCGACGAUUCAAAACCAUCUAUGUAUCCUUCCCGACCAACUCGGUAUGUUCAUUCACUAUGGAUGUAUCUUGGGCUUGAGUCUCCUGGUCCUAUUCCUCAGGUCCUCCUUUCAUGCAUUUUUCCCCUCCGAACCAGCACUUUCAAACCAGAGCCCCGUCCUUCCCCUCUCCGAACGUCGUGGGGAUUCUUAUAAACACCAGUACCAAACUUCCGGUAUGUCCAGUUCUACAUUGGCUCCAAACGGCCUGGCUAGCCGUGUCGGUAUUACUGCUUUCCCCCGCUACCCAGCCACCAAAGCUUCUCAUGAUGCUUAUCGGAACCUAGAUCAAGAUGACCUAGUAACCACCACUUCGAAAGACAAAGGAGGUUACCGCCCAGUACGUGCUCGCGGAUUUCGUCAAAAAUCGAACUCAAUGGGCCGCGAAUUUGUGCACUCGGUGCGAGUGGUCGCUCAGGUCGUUUUACCGGUGUAUUUCUUUUUGAUCUGGCGCUGGUAG